AUGAAGACUUCGAAGCCAACAUCUUUUCCUUCAGUUUCAACAACCGACUCCACCGAGAAUACACACACAGAUUCUAUAAAUAACGACUCUGUUGUUAGCUCAACAAAUAUUAACUUUAAUAAAAAGGUUGCUUCCGAAGAAUCUCGAAAAGAUCUUACACAUUAUGUCAAUAUAAUCAACCAGUUUUUACGUACAAGUUCAGUUCUCAUUGAAGGAGAAAAUGGCGAUACAAGAUUGCAGUUUGCUAUACAGCAUCUAUAUGAAGGUCUUGAAUUUUAUCCCGAUGCAUAUGAGUUAAAGGAUGAGAAUAUUUGUUGUGAUAAUUUUUAUGAAGAAAAUAAUUCGUUUAUCAUUAAAGUUGCUUGA